AUGUUGCUGGAAGCACCAAAUGCGCUUAGAGCAUGGCUAGCCCGAGUCCUUGCUCCGAAGACGGAUGCAGACCCGUCGUAUCUUUCCAAGUACGUUUUAGCCUUGCUGAAGAAGAACAAACCGGAGGAUGAGCUGCGUGGAGUUCUUUUGUCGAGCCUCGAUGUCUUUCUUCAAAAAGAAACGGAUUCUUUUGUUGAUGAAUUGCUGAAGACGUUGGCAGAAAAAAGCUACGUGAAUGAGCCGAUUGUGGAUGAAGUCACUGUUGCGCCGGACUCGACAACUGCGAACCCAGCUGGCGGAAGUGAUGGACGACAGAAGAACAAAUCCGGGGAUGAGAAGACUGAAGGCUUCGGCGGAAACAAGCUUCGUUCUCCGCUGCGGGAAAGCAACGCGCCUGCGCGGAGAUCUCGAUCACGGAGUCGCAGUCCUCGGGCUUUGCGGGAACGACGUCGUGAAUACCGAGGCCCGGGUGCGGGUGCCCCGUGGCGCCAAGAUGGGAACAACCAUCGCGGGGCCAGGUGGCGUGGGCCAAUGUCACGCCGAAUGCGACGGUCGAGGUCCCGGUCCCCGGCGAAUGGCGGCGGUGGCGGAGGUGGGGCUGUGAGGCGGAGGAGGACGUCGAGGUCGAGAAGUCGUUCCCGAUCUUGGUCUCCUGGACGAGGAGAGAGGAAUCGUGGAAGAUCAUUCUCUCCAACGAUGGAAGACGAACACCCGGUCAGCAAGGAUGACUUCCGGCGACUAUGUCAGGAUUUUUUCCGUGGGCAACGUUGUGAAGAUUUCAACAGCAAAGGACUGUGUUUGCGUGGGGAUCAAUGCCCGUACGACCAUGGAUCGGAUCCCGUUCGUGUAGAUGGAGGGGUUUUGCCGCAGGUUUUGGGCCUGGGGCCAGUCGGGCCACAGUUGCCAGUUGUGCCCCCGUUCCCGCCACCCAUGUUUCCCGUUGGGCAAGCGGACAUGGGAUUCCACGUGCCUCCGCCGCCACUUCCCCCGGGGUUUGCGCCGCGGGGAAUGCCGCCGCCGAUGGGUAUGGGGAGACCUCCUUUCUUCAGUGGACCGAUGAUGGGACAUAUGCCCUUCAAUCCACGGAUGGGGCGUGGAGGAAUGAGGCCUCCGGGACCGAAGAGAGAUCCGAAAAAUUGUUCUUUGGAAAUUCGGAAGAUCCCAGCGAAAGAGAACGAUAUCGUCACACUGUCCUCGCAUUUUGCUAAGUUUGGGAAAAUCGUCAAUAUUCAAGUCAAUUACAACGAUCUUCAUGAUGCGGCUUUGAUAACUUUCGCUCUGCCCUCCGAGGCCCACGCUGCUUUCAAGAGCCCAGAACCCGUGCUGAACAAUAGGUUCAUCCGCGUUUUUUGGCACGAUGGGAGUGCAAAUGAUCCGGAACUUUCGAAAGCUGCGAAAGAAGAGGAGGAGGUGCAAAAAGCUGCUGAAGCGAAGGAGCAGAAGGCGAAGGCAAUUGCUGCGAUUCACAAACAACAAGAGCUGAUUUUGACGCGACAGACAGCGAAGAAACUUGAAGAAGAUACAAAGAAGGAAGCCAUGAAGUUGACGACGACCCUGGUGAAGCAGCGAGCGUUGCUGCUGGAGAAGCAACUGGAGCAGCAGCGCAAACUCAUUGCGAAACUCGAGCUGGGCAAGAGCACGCUGUCGCCAGAGGAGAAGGACAAGCUUCGGUCGACGAUCAAGUCCCUGCAGACGAGCAUUGAGGCUACGAAAUUGGACAUGGGAGCUGCUGGGGCCAAAUCCGCUCUGCCUGCGAGGCCCAAGACGAAGCAGGAAGUGGAGAAGGAGUUGCUGGACAUGGAGCUGGAGUUGUACUCUAAGCAGGAAGUUGGGGCGGACGCGACGGAGCUGCAAAAGAAGGUGGUGGAGUUGAAGCAGCUGGCUGCUGUGAUGAGUGUUCCGACGCCGGUCAUGCCAGGCGCCAAAGUGAUGCGUCCGAGUUUUCGGGGCAGGGGCAUAACCAGGGCUCAUCCCUACGCGUUUCGCGGCGCCCGGUUCUCUUCCAGAGGACGAGGCUUCGCUACCGCGCAGCAGUUCAAUUCGACCACGACUUCUCUGGACAAAAGGCCGAAACGAUUUUUGGUCACUGGUUUCCUGGAGAACGAAAAAGAAAACGUCAUUCGGCACUUUUCUAAAUUCACUGGAAUGACGAACCACGUGAGUGAUGAUGCAAUUCCGAGCCUGACUUUCGAGUUCAAGAGUCGUUUGGAGGCGGAAAUCGCCUUGUCGAAAGGCAGGUCGUUUGAAGAAAAGAUGCUGAGUGUGAACUGGUGUGUUGAUUCGUCGACGAAAUCGGGCCAAACGACGGAUUCUUCGGUGGUGUCGGGAGAAGAGGCCUGUGUGGGAAGUGCAACGAAUGAAGACGUCAAGCCGAAAAUCGAGGACCAUUCUGAGGAAGAAGAUGACAAUGUUUCCAUCACCACCGGUCGGAAGAGGAGCCUGAUGUCGUCGUUGGACGAGAGUUCCCUCCUCGGAGAAGAUGAAACCGCGGAUUUGACGCAUGAAGAAUCUGUGGAUGAUGAAAUACUUCUUCUCGGAGACGACGAUGAUGAAGAAGAGGAAGAAGACGACAAAGAACGAAGAAGCUGGAGGCGUUAAGGCACAUCUUGUCAAUUUGCAACAUUUUGUAUGCUGCUGGCGUGUGUUAAUUUUUUUGUUUGUUUUUGUCCUGGAUUUCCCGCGCGUGUUUCAUUUCUAAAUUUCUCGUCGUUGAAAGAAGAUGCCGUUAUUCAUGGUUUACAAAAAUUAGGGCCGCCUGGAAAAUUGAAGAUGAUCGCGGCGAUUAUUAAAUUUUUUUUGAAAACUUCUCGGGCUGCAUGACUUGGUGUAGUUUCUUCUUUUUUCUUUUCGCGUUAUGAAUUUUUCGAAGCUGUUCAAAAACACGCGUUGUGUUUCCCUUUCGUUUAUACGGCGAACAUUGUUCCACCUUUGGAAAGGAUUCAUUUCUUUUUCCGAGCAACAUUGUUUACCUUCAAGUCGGUAAUUUGCUGGGUUUUACGGCGAGAAAACAAACCAGAGCAUCGUCGCGAAAGGAAAUGAGCAAUGCACCAAACUGGUUUUGAGAAUGAAACAA